GGAUGUCUUUUGAAUAAAGACGAAACGUCUCAAACAGAAAAUAGUCGAUUUUCAUGAUGAAAAAGGUUGUGUAUCUCUUAUUAUCUAUAUAAAAAAAUGAGUACUUACCACUACCGUAAACUAAUCUUUUUUCGCCGUUUGUGACCAUUAACUGGGACUUAACAGGCCAUUAACAAACUGUUAAUUAUGACUUGGAUUAUUGUGCAAUUUAUAAAACUAAUGAUGGCAUAAUAAUUUUUGAACUUCUGUUUUCUAUUUGUAUUUGUAGAAAAUGAUUCCAUAUAUGUUGAUUAUUCGCUAACUCAAACAGCGGAAUAAUUCUGGUGAUCAAAAUCAAGGUAUAGAGUCAAUCUGCUUUUACUUCUACUCUGAGAAACUGAAUCUACUAAAUUAGUCCCAGUGACUUCAAAAAAGCUUUCCAGUUCUCAAUUAUAAAAUGUGUUUUCUACUUCAUUUUAGAUGUUACAAUCGAUCGACGGGUUAUACCAAAUAAAAAUGAUUCAGCUGCAAUGAUGAUGAUUCAUAAAAUUAGAGAUGGAUGCUCAGAUAAUACCAUUGAUCAUUUUUGUAAUUUAUUUCAAGCAUACGAAACAAAAGAAUUUUACCCGUCAUCUAAUAGUAGUAAACGAAAAUUAAAACGAGAAUAUGAACAAUUAGAAACAGAAUAUUCAAUAUGUAAUACAUGCGGAUUAUGUAUUAAAACCAAAUCAUUGAAAACUGAAUUAUGCCAGCAAUGUAAACAAAAAUAUUCUCAUCAAUGUUUUCUUAGUUCAAUAAAAGCACAAUUACAACAAAUAAAGAAGCAGCAUGGUUUAUAUCAGUUAUUGAAACACACCAAGUCGUUUUCUGGUCGAAGUUGA